AUGCCCGCGCAUCUCGAACCGAACGCUCUCUUCGGCCACGAUACGGAAGGAAUCGAUGAAAUUCGAACUCUCAACCGCUCUCCCCAUCCCUACCACCACCUCAAUACGGAGCUUCCUCACCCCGCCCACCGCCUAGUCUAUAAACCGUCUAAUACGGCCCCGACACCGCCGAGGACGUCAUCGUCGACGGAGUCGAGCCGAACCCCGUCUCCCUUUCCGUCUUUUGCCAAGGACUCUUCGCAGGGUAGCGACAGCGGCACCGAAGCGGACGAUGAGCACUUCUUGAAGGGCUUGCCGGCGCCCAAGGUCCGUCUGCACAAGGGAUUGAGGGGCCGAAACGAGGUAUUGUCCGGCUCGUCAACGCCCCUUCUCUCUCCAGAUCAGGAAGAAGAUGCUCUGCGGAUGCAAAAAGAAAAGGAGGAUCGGAAAGAGGCCCGCAGGUUUCUCAACGAACGCAACUACCGCCGCACAAAGGAGCUCAUCCGGCGAGUAUCAGAGUUCAUCAUCGUUGGUUCGCUGUUCGCAGUGGCUCGCUCAAAUCCGCUGGUAAAGCCACUAUUCACGGCGUGGAGCAGAGAAUUGCGUUUCCCAGCCGCGCUGAUCAUCUCCCUGAUGAUCCUCUACCCUAUCCGACUCAUCGCAUGGUCAACCCGCCAAAGGGCAUCUUCCAAGAAGCCAACCAUUGCUGUGCCCACCGUCUUUGACCCCGCGCCAAUUCUGUAUCCGCCGUCUGUGACACUACUCGUGUCACUUUUAAUAUCUCCCGACAAUCAGGCGGUUGUCCUCACAAACAUCAUUCUCAGCAUUUCUUCGAUACCCAAAUACUUAAUCCCUACUGCUCGCGCUCACGAAGCCAUUAAUCCCCUGCAAUGGGCCCUAUCCUGCAUUCCGAUAUGGAUGUCGCAGCAGCACCCCGAAGCGGCCUCAGCCAGGCCGAGCAUCAGCUCAGAGACUGCCGUUCUCCUCUACCCGCUGCACCAGACGCUGCUUGUGGUGCUGCACUAUCUUACUACGACGAGCUUGCUCACAGCCGAGCUGCAACUGCUCUCGAUUGCCUUGAUUAAUGUGCUGCUCCUCGCCCACUCACCUCAGGCCACCAUUCUCCAAGCGCUGCUUUGGGGAGGUGGCGUGGGCGUGCUCGUCAUAUGCGGACCGGUGAUUCAAUGGGGCAUCGCCUUGGCUAGGGUCCCAAGGCUGCGCUUCAGGCGCGUUGUGAGCCCGUCGAAGAAGUCGUCCGUCUUUGGGUUUCUUUCCGAGGGACUCUCUAUCCGGCGCUUCAAGCACGAGUUAUUGGGAUCGUCACUGGAGGAAUCGGCAUCUGAGCUUGGCGACUCCGAGGAGGAAAUCGUCAAUGGGCCAUUUGCGAAGCCGAUGAGAGUCAGGACGUUUGGCAUGGCCGACCUGCCGUCCCGAGGAGACCGCAAGAUGAGCGCUUCUCCAGAUGGCAAAGCGCCGGGAUCACCAGACGGGUUCGCCGCUGGACGACGCAACACGUUUCCCUACGUUUUGCAGCGGCCAAGGCGAUCCUUGACCCACACUUCAGCGGGCCGCAGGAAACGGACCGCUUCGACUACCGUCCGCUCGUUCUUCAAGCUGACCGAGGCGCAAGCCACCGUGAGGAAGUGGUCGUACGCAACGUACGUUUACGUCUGUAUUGUCCUCAUCAUUCUCGUGCCUGUGCGAGAGUACAUUGGCCGUCAUGCUCUGCUGGGUAAUGAGCCCAUCGGCUGGGCACUGGGGUACCUUUUCGGCGAGCUGCCAUGGUUCAGGUUCAAAGUCGUCGAAGCGAACCUGGAGAGGUGGAUAUGCUUGCCUGCGCGCCUGGGCGAGGAUGUCAAGGCGUCCUGCCACCAGGGCUGGGUGCAGCACAUUCGGCUUUUCGACUUUGGCGAAGCGAACACGCGACUCUUGAUGGCCGCAUACUGGCUUGCCAUUGUCAUUGUCGGCUUGACUGUGGUCAUUCGCCUGGAUCCCAAGUACGAAGUGGAUACGAGACGAAAGGUGUUCCACUUCAUGAUGGUCGGCAUGUUCCUCCCUGCGACCUUUGUUGACCCCGUGUUCGCGGCCUUGGCGUUGUCGCUCGUCCUCGCAAUCUUCCUAAUUCUCGACCUGCUACGGGCCAGUCAACUUCCGCCCCUGUCCCGACCCAUCGCCUCCUUCCUCACUCCAUACGUGGAUGGCAGAGAUCACAAGGGGCCCGUCGUCAUCUCUCACCUGUUCCUCCUCAUUGGGUGUGCGAUCCCUCUCUGGCUAUCUCUCGCCACCCUUCCGCGCACCGGCAGUGGCUACUUGACCGGGUGGGAGGUCCCGACGCGUGAAGUCAGCAUGGUGGCGGGCGUUAUUUGCGUCGGCCUCGGCGAUGCGGCGGCGUCCCUCAUCGGCAGGCGUUACGGGCACAGGAAAUGGGUCUGGGGCGGCGGCAAGAGUCUCGAGGGCAGCGUCGCUUUUGCUGUAGCCGUGUUCCUCGGUCUCAUGGCUGCCACGACGUGGCUUCGGGUCGGAGGGUGGCCCGUCGCGGAGGAGCAAUCGGUGGCCUGGCCCACGUCGGCCGGGAACGCCGGCUUCUGCGCCAGCAUAGCGAGCUUGACAGAGGCGGUCUUGACCGGCGGAAACGAUAAUGUUAUUGUGCCGGUGGUCCUCUGGACGUGUGUUAAAAGUAUAGGAGUGUAG